AUGGCAAACAGUAUAACUAGGCAACGACUGUGUCACUUUAAGGAAACACUUUUUGAGUGGACUGAGUCAUGCGAGCAAACUGUAAAAGAAAUAAAUAAUCUGGCUGAUAACCUAGACGAACAUUUUGGAAGAAUCUCGAAGGCGAAAAUUGGUGGAUCCACUGCAGGAAUUGUUGGAGGUGUUAUGGCUGCCGUUGGCUUUGGUCUUUCUUUUGUAACAUUUGGAGCUUCUUUGGGGCUUACUGUUGCAGGUGGUGUUAUUGCCGGAGCAGGGGGAGUUACGUUGGGUGGUUCUGCAGCAACUGAUGCUAUUCUUUCAAGAAAUCGAAAAAAAGCAGCUGAAGAAAUUAUAAAGAGGUACAAUGAGAAAAUGAAAGCAUGGAAAACGGAAUGCCUAGAAAUAGGCAACACGUUAAAAGAGAAAGCUAAGCAAGCAGACAGUUCUUCAAGUAUGGAAGAAACGUUUCCACACUGGAUUAAAUUUUGGGUAAAACUUGUUUUCGGAACUGGCCAGGCAGUAAAGAGUACAGGUUGGGAUAUAAUUGCAAAAACCAUCUUAACAUCGCUUCGCAUUGCAACUACCUUUGAUGAUGUAGCACUGAAUGGUGUAAGAAUUGGAGGUGGUUUAUUCAAGGCCUUUGGACCUGCUGCGAGAGGUCUUCAUAUAGCAGGUGGAAUUGUUGGGAUUUUGUUAAUACCACUAGAUGUUUACACUUUGGUAGAUUCAGCUAUUGAUGUCCACAAGAAGAAUUCACAUAAGAUAUCAUCCGCAAUAAGAGAAUUUGCAAAAAAGAUCCAAGAAGAGUGUCCAAAUAAAACCGAAAUAGAAACAAUGAUUAGAGAGACAUCUAAUCAACUAUGACAAGCUUAAACGAAAACCUGGGAAAAUCUAUAUACCGUAUAUCGGCAUUUUUCGCGUUGGGUUUUAUUCGUGAUUUGAUGACAAAAUUGAAAAUUUGAUUUUGCCUUGUAUAAUUUUCGCUCAGUUU